UGUUACAGUUCCCGUUUGGUUCAGCCGAAGCAGCUGUAUGUGCCAUUUAGUUCAAUUCAACAAUUGGCAUUUAGUUCAGUUUCAGUUCAGUUAACAACCGUGAAUUGGUGACAGAUCCUGCGCUCAUGUCUGCCUGCACUUUGCAAAUUUUGGCACUGCUGUUUGUGCUCAGUGACUCAGUUCCGGACUCAGUCACAGAGGAGAGGCAACGGCCGAGCUUCGAGUUCUGUUCGAUUUGGUUUGUACUAUACAUAGAGGAGAAAUGGAGAAUGGUAUGGUGCAGUACUUGUUGCCUGCAGCUGAAAAAACUGAAUAGACGUUUUGCCAAUGCAUUGAGUGACUAACGACGACCCUGUAGAUCUUGUGGUUUUCUUACCAGGGUUGCUUCCAUUUUGCACCAGACGGCGGCAAGAUGAGCUGCUCGCCGCCGCCAGAGCCUGAUCACCACCACCGCCUCCUCGCCACCCUCGCGCGCCACGGCCGCCUCGCCGCGGCGGCCACACUCUUCUCCACCGUCGUCCGUACGACGCGCGCGCUCAACACCAUCCUCGCCGCCGUCUGCUCCGCACCGUCGCUCCUCCGCGUUGCCCCCUCCGUGCUCCUCCUCGCCGCCCCCACCGCCGCCCCCGACGCCUCCACCUUCCGCGUGCUCGCCUCCGCGCUCUGCCGCGCCCGCCGCCCCUCCGCCGCCGCCGACCUCCUGCGCUGCAUGCCCCCGCUCCUCCUCGACCCGGACUCGCCGCUGUGCCGCGCCGUGCUCUCCUCCCUCUGCCGGUGCGCGCCGGCCCGGGACGCGGCGGCGUUCCUGGACGACAUGCGCCGGUGGGGCGUGUCCCCCAGCGGCCUCGACCACCGCGCCGUCCUCCGCGCGCUCCUGCGGGACGGGAUGCUCGCGGAGGCGUACGGGGCCGUCAGGGAGAAGAUGGGCUCCGACGGCGUGGCCCCGGGUGUGGCCGACUUCGAGCUGGUGCUGCGCGCCUUCAGCGAGCGCGGGCAGUUCGACGCCGUCGACGAGGCGUUCGACGAAAUGCUCCUGCGCGGGCUCGUGCCGGGCGUCGCGGUGUACAACGUCUACGUCGCCGCGCUGUGCAGGAAAGGGGACCUGCCGGGCGCCCGCCUGAUGGUGGGCUGCAUGGAGCGCGCCGGGUGCCCGCCGGACGUCAGGACGUUCGGCGUCGUGGUCGCCGGCUGCGUGUCCGCCGGGGACGCGGCCGCGGCCAGGGACGUGGCGUCGGAGGCGGUGCGGCGCGGCCUGCGGUGGGACGCGCCGGCGUUGGCGGAGCUGGUCGGCCUGCUCCGUGCGGACGGACACGUCGCGGACGCGCACGGGCUGCUGCUGGAGGUGUUCCUGCACGGCGGGUGCACUGGAGUGGACGCCUCGGCGUUCGGGCAGAUGAUAUGUGCCAGCGAAGACUGCUCGCCGAGCUUGUAG